AUGGAUUUUGAGGGGAAAGAGCGAAUUCGAUGUAAUUACACGGCUCUAGUCAACGAUGUGGAUGCCGACAGAGUUAAAGAUUUCUUGUAUGAAAAUGGAACAAUCGAGCAUGAUGAACAUCAGAGAAUAGGAAUAGAAAAAAUAACGGAUAAUGCGAAGGUCCAAAUACUUUUGGAUAUUCUUGAUACAAAGAUAAAUGGAUAUGAGCAACUUCUUCUGGUCUUGAAAAACGAUAACCGGGACGACUUAGUUGACUUACUCCAAGGAACCAAUGUGGAUAUGGCAAAGGUUGAAGAAGAGAGAUCGAAAGAGCAAAAUGCUCUGAUUCAAGUUAUUAAGUGCAACUUCGAAGAAAAGAUGGAUGAAACAAUAGAUGCAGAUGUUUUAGAACAUAUAAUCAGAUUGGAAUAUUUGAGGGAAAGAAAAAAAGUAUUUCCUGGUGAGAUAAAUAAGAUUGAGAAAUGUUUGAAAGAAGUAUUUCCAGUCAUAGAAAUAAGAAAAGGAAGAAGCAAGAAAGCGUCUAUGGCACAACCAAAAAAAUUGUACCAGCACAUUCACCAGAAAUGUACACAGAUAGAACUCAACUCGGAAAGUAAAUCAGGUACGAGAAAAUUCUAUCACUUAAAACUGAUAGUCUAUCACAAAAGCGAAAGAGUCUAUCUACUGCGUCGCUUAAUAAUCUUUGGAUAUCUAAUUCUAUAUUUUUUAUCUUCGUAA